AACGAAGAAGAUGGAGGUCGCGGACAUUAACCGAGCAAAAAUUCCAUCUUUUCCCAUACGGUAGAAAGCCAGCGUUGUCAAAGGGGCAAGCAAAAAGGAGCAAACUGACAGGGAUGUGAGGCGGAAGAGGAGGAGGAGAAGACCAAGAAGCCAACUUGAUCCGCCACGCGCUCGAUUGACCUGUCCCCCAAGUCCAGAGGUCUUUCCUUUUCUCCUCUUCCCUCUUCUUCGCCGCCUUCUGUGCUGAGGAUGGAAUCUGGGGAGGGGCAGAUCAGGGGGAUUCCGGUCCAUGGAGGUCGCUACGUGCUGUACAACAUCUACGGCAACCAGUUUGAGGUCAGCGCCAAGUACGUCCCGCCACUGCGCCCGCUCGGCCGAGGGGCUUACGGCAUCGUAUGUGCUGCAGUGAACUCACAAACUCGUGAAGAGAUAGCUAUUAAGAAAAUUGGUAAUGCAUUCGAUAAUCGUAUUGAUGCCAAGAGAACUUUGAGGGAAAUAAGGCUUCUCCGUCAUAUGGACCAUGAAAAUGUUAUUGGAAUAAAGGACAUCAUACGCCCUCCUGUAAAGGAGAAUUUCAAGGAUGUGUACAUCAUUUAUGAGUUAAUGGAUACUGACCUUAAUCAGAUUAUUCGGUCGAAUCAGCCACUGGAAGAUGAUCACUGCCAGUAUUUCCUGUAUCAAAUUCUCCGCGGUCUGAAAUAUGUGCACUCAGCGAAUGUCUUGCAUCGUGAUCUUAAACCAAGCAAUUUAUUUGUAAAUGCAAAUUGUGAUCUGAAAAUUGGAGAUUUUGGACUAGCAAGAAUGACUUCUGAAACAGAUCUAAUGACAGAAUAUGUUGUCACUCGGUGGUAUCGUGCACCUGAGCUGCUACUUAAUUGUUCAGAGUAUACCGCUGCAAUAGACAUAUGGUCAGUAGGGUGCAUACUUGCUGAAAUUGUGAUGAGGCAACCUUUGUUUCCUGGGAGAGACUAUGUCCAACAACUAAGGUUAAUCACUGAGCUGAUAGGUUCGCCAGAUGAAUCAAGCCUUGGGUUUCUACGUAGCGAAAAUGCCCGAAGAUACGUGAGACAGCUACCAAGGUAUCCAAGACAGAAUUUUGCACAGAGGUUUCCCAUGAUGUCUUCUGGUGCUCGUGAUUUGUUAGAAAGAAUGCUGGUUUUUGAUCCAAGCAGGCGAAUCACAGUCGACGAGGCUCUGCAUCACCCUUAUUUAGCACCCCUUCACGACGUAAAUGAUGAGCCUGUGUCUGCAUCGCCCUUCAGUUUCGAUUUCGAGCAACCGACAUUCACGGAGGAAAACAUCAGAGAGCUCAUCUGGCGGGAAUCUUUGCUAUUCAAUCCCGACCAAUGACAAGGAUAUUUACAUAAAUAGCUUCUGGUGCUGAUGAGUGUCUGUUGCAUCCUACAACCUAAAGAGUUUGUCAAGUAUCUUCCAUGAUCAUUUGGAAGGAACGUUCAGUGUUGGAUUUAGUUUGUGUGAAUCCGAUUAGUUUUAGGUGUUUAGUCUGUUGUAGUGGAUUUGAUCGUUACUGGUAGAAUGCAUGUGUAUUAAUAGGCAAAAACACGGGAAGAACGAACUACUUUGUGAUUCAUAUUGUGCAUGCUUUUCUGUGUCGAUUUCUAAUUGAUAUUUUUCAUUUUAUUGCACUUAAA